GAGAAGACGCAUCAUCUGUGCAGUGGUGGGAGCAACAUCUCCUGGUUGCAGUCCGACAGCAACGCGAGCAGCUUUUCCGACUUGUUUCCAGAAACCGUUGUUGCGUGACGAGACCAUGUGGAUUUACAAGGUCGUUUUCGGAUUCGUUUUCGUCGUUUCUUGCUCUGAAGGCAGAAGAAAUGCUCUCCAGGACUACCAGAAAACUGACAGCAUUCAACUGAUGGUCCAUUCUGAUUCCUCCCACCUGACCAAAAGCAGGAAGCUGAGCUUAUCGAAAUGUGCUAAAGCCUGCAGCCGCAACAAAAGGCUCCCCUUUACCUGCAGAGCAUUUGUGUAUGAUCAUAAAAACAGGAAAUGCCAGUGGCUGUCCUUCGACAGGAACUCACCAGGAGUUCAGAGCCAGCAGAACAUGAACUACCAACUCUAUGAGAAGAAAGACUAUGUUAGAGAAUGCAUUGUAGGAACAGGGCAGAGUUACAGGGGGCGGAGGUCAGUGACUGUGAGUGGGAUCCUGUGCCAGGCCUGGGCUUCUCCUGUUCCUCAUGAGCACAAAUUCAUGUCUAAGAGGUUCAGGAAGACGGACCUCCGGGAAAACUACUGUCGCAACCCAGACAACUCUGCUGUUGGCCCAUGGUGCUUUACCACUGACCCUCGGCCACACUUCAGACAUGAGGAGUGUGGCAUACCACAGUGUUCAGAGGUUGAGUGUAUCAACUGUAUUGGCGAGGAUUACAGAGGACCAAUGGACCACACAGAAAGUGGAAAAGAAUGCCAGCGGUGGGACUUGGAUGACCCACACAAACACCUGUACCACCCCAAGAGGUACUCUGACAAAGGCCUGGAUGAUAACUAUUGUAGAAACCCAGACGGACGCCAAAGACCCUGGUGCUUUACCACAGACCCAAAUACACCCUGGGAGUACUGCAACAUCACAGUUUGCGAAACCCCUCCUAAAAGUAAUGUGGUGGAAACAACUGAGUGUUACCAGGGCAGAGGAGAGGGUUACAGGGGAGCAGUAGAUAUGACACCCACUGGACUUACCUGCCAGCGCUGGGACUCUCAGUAUCCCCAUAACCAUACAUUCCUGCCUGAAGCCUACCCCUGCAAGGACCUGAGAGAGAACUUCUGUCGAAAUCCAGAUGGCCAAGAAUUCCCCUGGUGCUUCACUACAGACCCAAGAGUCCGCACAAUGUCCUGCAUUAAUAUCCCUCAGUGUGGCACCCAAAACAGGCUUGUCAGCGACUGCUAUGAAAGAUUUGGAGAAAAUUACCAAGGACAGCAGUCAAGGACUAGAUCAAACCUGCCCUGUGCUCCCUGGAGAGACCACAGCAACAGUGGUGAGAGGGGCAUGCCGACGGCUGGCCUGGAAGGAAACUACUGUCGAAAUCCUGAUAAAGACAAACAUGGUCCCUGGUGUUACACCAACAAUUCUGCCAUACCCUGGGACUACUGCAAUGUGAAACCAUGUAAUGCUUCACAGAACACCAUCCAACUGGGUGAGGAGGCUUCUGUGAGCUGUUUUGUCCAUAAGACAACGAGGAUCGUAGGAGGAAGUCCAAUGAGCAUAUCAGAAGGCAGCUGGAUGGUCAGCAUACAGAAAGGAUCAAUGCACUGGUGUGGCGGUUCACUAAUACGAGACGAGUGGGUGCUUACUGACAGAGAGUGCUUCUCCUCAUGUGUUCCGAACCUCAGCGAGUAUCGAGUGUGGCUGGGGGUCUCUGAUAUUCGAGAGGGCGCUCCUGACUGGUCUAAGAGGCAGGAAGUCAGUAUAGCCCAUGUAAUAUGUGGCCCUGAGGGCUCCAGCUUAGCCCUCCUAAGGCUCUCUAAGCCUGCCCUUCCUGCAGACAAUGUCCAUACGAUUCAGCUACCUGUGGCUGGGUGCAGCAUCCCAGAAGGAACAAUAUGUAAAAUGUAUGGAUGGGGAGAGACCAAAGGCACUGGCUAUGAAGAUAUGCUAAAGGCAGUGGAACUGCCCAUUGUCAGGAAUAACCGGUGUAGAGAAAUGCACAGAGGAAACCUUCACAUCACCACCAACAAGAUCUGUGCAGGAGGGAAGAGAAAUGAGGGAGUGUGUGAGAGGGACUAUGGAGGCCCUCUGGUGUGUCAGGAUGGGUAUAUCAGGGUUAUUGUUGGAGUAAGUGUCCAUGGCAGAGGCUGUGCUCGGGCCAACCAGCCUAGCAUCUUCAUUAACGUGCCCUUCUACACGCAAUGGAUCUACAAGGUUUUCAAAUAUUACCCCAACACCGUCUAGAAACGUAACCGAGAAUGAAAAAAGUUUGGGGGACUAAAUCUGACCAAGACCACCAGUGGUGCACGCAGGAUGCCUGGUUUAUAUGUUUUGCAUACUUACACAGUCCAGAUCAAUAGGAAAUUGAUCCAAGGAUGUACUUACACUAUGAUGUAAUAUUUAAAGUAUCAACAAGAAUAUUCAGAUUCCAAAAGGCACUGAUGGCAGUAGAGUGGAUGUUUUAUCUUAGACAUAUGGUAAGAAAGUCAAGAAACAACAAAGUAUGGCUUUGACUGAGUUGGGAGCAGAACAGACAAACAUACACAUAUAUGUAUAUAUCUUUUUUAUCCAAUUCACAUUUUCCUUUGGGUAGCAGUUCCACCAUAAUUGUGUAUGUGUGUAUGUAAUUACUCUUGAUUCCUGGCAUUACUUGAAUAUUUUAAAUACCAAAUUCGGUGGUUCAGCAGCUGCUUUUGUAGAGUACGUCAAUGGGCCACUUAGAAAACUAUCCAGUGGUAGGGCAACGUUAAGGACACUAUGACGAGCUUUGAUAAAGUGGUCCUUACUGUACAUACUAUUUUAAUGAGUGUGUUUGUGACACUCUUAAUUCAUUUAGGUCUUAUAGAUCUAUUAUAAGAGAACUCAGAUGUUGGGGUGGAUAUAAAGUGUGCUAUCUCUGUGUUUUAGCUUUUAGCCACAUUUCUGUUUCAUUGUGGUGUCAAAUAAACAGAAAUACCUAAAUAAACUGCAUCUUCAGUGUUCUUCUCCUAACACAAUACACCUGACUGAAAGAUGCUCUUUGCUUUCUGUGUAAAAAAAAAUGAGUGUAUGGUUACCCAGUCUUCACAGGAUUUGAAAAACAUGUAUUUUUUUUUCCUUUUAUGUGUGCACAAAAGUUCUUUCUGUACAGAAUAUAAUAUUUCGUUUAAAAAAAAAAAGUUGAAUAGUCAUUGGUAUGUCUGUUUUUUAUGUUUGUUUUUUAUGUCUGUGUAUGUGCAGAGGGAGAGUGAGUUUUGCCUGUGAGCCUGUGCACGUUUAAGCCAGAACUGAAUCCACUCUCAUACCUUGGCAGACCCUUAUUUUAAUUCCACCCUAGAUAUUAGCGUGUCAGAGUCUGCUGUUUCCAACUCUUGUGGAUGGGAUGUGGUCUUUGUAACAUUACUGUCUGUGAUGGGUUUCACUGUGAUGACUGAACAGCCCUUGAAACAACUUGACACACUUCUUUUUCCAGUGUCAGUGAUUGAGAUGGCUUUACAGCUACAUUAUUUUUGCAUGAGUGAGAAAAAUGGUCUGUGUGUGAGUGUGUGCACACUAAAAGAUUCUGCAAGCUGCUAUAUUCCACAGACUGUACAGUAAUGCCUUAUAAUAUAAAAUGUGUAUUGUAUUGAGUGCAUUUACUAUGAGCGUGAAAUGUUAAACCCAGUUUCAGCAUUAUUUUCAAAUGAUGCCUGUCAUUAUAUUAAACUCUUUUUCUACUUA